UGGAAGGAGACCAGAGAACCUCAGUCAGCUCUAAACUCUCUGAAACAUGAUUCAAAACGUAAGAAAACAUUCAGCUGCUCUGAGUGUGGGAACCGAUUUAGCACAAAGCAGCACCUGAAGAGACACAUGAGAAUCCACACAGGAGAAAAACCUUUCAGCUGUUUAGUUUGUAAGAAAACGUUUUUAACAUCUAGAAAUUUACGGUUACACAUGAUAAUCCACACAGGAGAAAAACCUUUCAGCUGCUCAGUCUGUAAGAAAUCUUUUACACAGAGAGGAGGUUUACAGACGCACAUGAGAACUCAUACAGGAGAGAAACCUUUUAGCUGCUCUGAGUGUGGUAAAGCUUUCACUGAACGUGGAACCCUGAAGAACCACAUGAGAACUCACACAGGAGAAAAACCUUUCAGCUGUACAGUCUGUAAGAAAUCCUUUACACAGAGUGGAGAUUUACGGACACACAUGAAAACUCACACAGGAGAGAAACCUUUUAGCUGCUCAGUUUGUAAGAAAUCUUUUACACGGAGAGGAGGUUUACGGUCACACAUGGCCAUUGUCCACACAGGAGAAAAACCUUUCAGCUGCUCAGUCUGUAAGAAAUAUUUUACACAGAGAGGACAUUUACGGUCACACAUGGCAGUCCACACAGGAGAGAAAAGAUUCAGCUGCAGUGUUUGU